CAAUAUUCACUCGAGAUAACGACAACAACAAGACACUCAAACACACACACACACACACAUACACACACUCAACACACAUUCAGCCACAAUGCAUUUCACCACUCUCUUCGCAGCAACCUGCGCAACCCUCGCAUCCGCACUCCCCUUUGCACAAGAUGACCUGACCCUAGACCUCACGCCCGGCUACUUCAACGUAACAGACUUCACCUACGGCUGCAGCGCCACCUGCGGCUGGUCCCUCACCAUCUCCAUGGGCGGCGCCUACGACCACCACCCGUCCUCUCUCGGCAACACCGUGACCAUUUCCGGCGGAACCACAGACAACACCGACUACGUCAUGAUGGACAUGCCCUCUCCCGUCGCCGACACCGAUGUGACGACGCAGGUCGGAGCCUUCAUUGUCAAGGAUACGAAUUUGUUGAAGUUGAAAUAUGUCGCCAAUUACCCGAGUGAGACGGCUGUCUAUUCGUUUUAUGGAAGUACGAAUGUUUUUGCAGAGACUUCGCCUGAGGGAGCUAUGCAGGCCAAGGAGUUUUUGGUGCAGGAGGAUUUGGUGGAGGCUAUUGCGUAGAUUUUCUUCUUUUGAAGAAGAUGAGGGGAAGAGAUGGAGCUAGGGAUAGGGGAGAGAGAGAGGGAGAGAGAGAGAGAAAAGUAGGAGUUGGUGGCAUCAAGCAGGCAUGAAUGAGCAUCUAUCAAAGAUUGUCAUAUUGUUAUGAGCAAGGCACACCAUCAUCGUCUUGCUGCAGCAGCAGCAGCGAUCAAAAAAAGAAUCUUGAAGAAGGGUCGAUCAGACAUACAUAUAUAAUAACAAUAACAAUAAAAAAACACCAAAAAUUACC